GCAAAGGGGGGAGGGAGAGGGGGAGCUCUGCUGCUACUGCCGUAUAAAAAGCCAAGCCUGAGAAUCCAGCACCACAAACUCACCACACAUACACACACACACACACACACACACACACACUCGCACACACACAGAUCCAGUGGCUGCUCUGUAUCUCUCACCCUCACCCACUCUCAUCAUUUUCUCUCUCUCUCUCUCUCUCUCUGUCUCUCUCUCUCUCUCUCUCUCUCUCUCCCUCCCUCUGUCUCUCACUCCAUUCCUCUGGGCUCUGCAUUCUUGUUGCUUCUUCUCACAAGUCAGAUUGUGUUUGUAAGUAUGCGCUGAAUGUCUCCCCGUGUAUGCUUGGGCUUCCUCGGGUCUUUAUGCAUGUGUGAAUGACUGGCUACCUACUUCAGUGUGACUGAGCAGAGCAGAGAGGAGUAUCAAGUGUAUGUGGGUCUCUGUCUCACCCUCACACACUUGCCGGUCCUCUUGCAACUCUUCUCGGGAUCUCCGGGUCCCUUUCCUCGGUGACAGGCUCCCCACAUCAAGCAGUCACCAUUUCUGCCCCCGGGAGACCCACGCUGGCUGCGCAGCCCCUUCCCCGACUCAGCAUCGGGAGGAAGACCCUGGUGGCGGCUGCCGUAGGGGUUAUGCUGGUCCUGGUGCUGGUGGUCCUCAUCCCCGUGCUCGUCAGCUCUGUGGGUACAGAUGCCAGCCACUAUGAGAUGCUGGGCACCUGUCGUAUGGUGUGCGACCCCUACCUGAACAAGGGCACCCCAGCCAGCAGCACCAGCUCCACCGGUCUCCAGGCUGAGGCAGAGGCGUUGAGCGACCACAGCAACGUGCUUCCACCUUCCACCUUACUUCAGGGCCCACAGGGGAAGCCUGGCAGGCCAGGCAAGCCGGGACCACCUGGACCGCCAGGUGAACCGGGGCCACCAGGACCAGCGGGGCCUCCUGGUGACAGAGGGGAUCAGGGAAGGACUGGGAUUUUGGGUCUUGGGGGGAACGGAGCUAUCAGCACGGCCACCUACAGCACAGUGCCUCGGGUGGCCUUCUACGCAGGGCUUAAGAACCCCCACGAAGGCUACGAGAUCCUCAAGUUUGACGACGUGGUCACCAACCUAGGCAACAACUAUGAUGGCAUUUCGGGCAAGUUCAUCUGCAGCAUACCGGGCACGUACUUCUUCAUCUACCAUGUGCUGAUGAGAGGAGGGGACGGCACCAGCAUGUGGGCAGACCUCUGCAAAAAUGGCCAGGUUCGUGCCAGCGCCAUUGCCCAAGACGCUGACCAGAACUACGACUACGCCUCCAACAGCGUCAUCCUCCAUCUGGACGCAGGGGACGAGGUUUACAUCAAACUGGACGGAGGCAAAGCCCAUGGAGGCAACAACAACAAGUACAGCACCUUCUCUGGCUUCAUCCUCUACGCAGACUGAGAAAACAGACAGACACAGAGACAGUCAGACAGGAAGCGAUUGAGAGAAAGAGUUGUACGACACAGGGGGGUGGGGGGUGUGUGUGUUAAAAAAGCCGGAAUGCUUUCUAGUUUUCCUAAUUCUCUCCAUCAUCAUGGACACCUCUGCUUCGUAUCCAUCAGACGAGACAUCCGGGCUCUGUAGCCGAGCCUGGGUGCACAUCUCCCUAGGACACACUGAGAGGGGCCGAGUGGGAGGCAUGGGAGGAGCGGGACGUGGGGAAGUGUUGAUUUUCUGCGCUCCUCACCAUGAUGCCGACAUGUCAGGAGCUCCUCGCUUUCAGUGUCCCUCCUCUUCAGCCCUGCUCCAUUGCACAGAAAUAUCAGCGACAAAAACGAAAAAACCCUGCAGAAGCGGACGAUCUCACCUCCUCUCUCCACAGCGGCAACAGCCAGCUGUGCUGUCAGUGGACUCAAUUGACUGAAACUCGUAGUGUUGUUCCGUGCAAUUUUUCCUUAGAUUGUGUUUUUAUUUUGUAGACAUGCAUAAUAUUCUACACAAAUGAGAUUUAAAAAAAAAAAAAGAAGAAGAAGAAGAAUAUAUUUGUCCCUUGUGAAGAUAUUCUGUUUGACUGAGAACAGAUUUGUUGAGAUGUUAUAUGUGAUGCAGCUCAGAGAUCUAACAGCUGGAAAAGAAAAUCUUUAAAUUAAGACUGUCAGUGUUUCUUGGCAGUGGAUGUUUUUCUUCAUCGCUGGGUACAGCAAGGUAACUAUAUAUUGUUCAUGUGGAGAAUAACAUUCUGCACCUGUACCUUCCACUGUAUCUGAAUAAGGAAACAUCUCAUUAUCGACAGUAUCCUCUCCUCAAACCACCUCACGCUAUCUCGCACACACACAAACACAAUGUCCUGCUGCUGUUUGGAUUAAAAAGUAGAGUUCAAAUCGUCUCUUCGAUGUUCUAGUUUUAUGUAGAUGCUCUACUCGGCACAAACAGCCGUGUGAUCAAGCAAAGUCUUCAGAUUCUGAGGUAACCCAGUUGAAGAGCGUGCGCGUUCUUUUCUUCUCCGGUGCCGUGCCGACCUCCGAGCCGUCUCGCACGGCAAAAAAAAAAAAAUGUUUUCAGAGGCGGAGGGAGAGAAAGUUACAAAGACAGAAAGCAGAGAGUGAGACGGUGGGUAGGUAGAGACGGGAGGGGGGGUUCAGGCACAAUAAGAGUGAGUGGGCAAUUUUUCUGUUUCAAUGUCUCUCAGCUUCACUGGAUGUCAUCCAUUCAUUAGCUGCAUAUUCACUGACACACAGGCAUUAUAGUAAUAUUUACUCAACAUGGCGGCCUGACAGCUUGCUUGAGAAUGAAAUUGAUUGGGUGACUGACUUGGUCUGUUACGAUUGCACGUUUGUGUGUGUGUGUGUGUGUGUGUGUGUGUGUGUGUGUGUGUGUGUGUUUGUGCGUGCGAGUACGUAUGUGUCUGUGCAUCUUAGCAUGUGCCGUGCCAUAGCGACAUCGUUAUUUUUCCAAGAGUUAUUCUGUGCUACAGCCAAUGACAGAUAUUUUGCUCAGCAGCCAAUGAGAUUGUGCUCUGUAGGGUGGGGAGCCUCUAUAGAUAUAUACGACGAGGAGAACAAACAGCUUGUAAAUGAAAUCUAUGACAUGUUUGUCUAUCUUAUCUUUUGGAAUUGUUGAAUACAUUUAAAUAAUAAAUGGGAUUUUUUGAGCG